AUCGCAGGCAAUUUGCGCAUUGUCCAACACACAUAUUAUCAAGCGACGCUUCUUUUCCAUGAAAAUUAAAAGAUCGAAUUUACCCCAAUUAAAAUGGAUCAAACUCGAGAUUUUCAGUUUAUUUUACCGCUAAGCUCCAAUGAUUUGCUCAACUCCCGUGGCGAUCAGUAUUAUGUGCAGCAGAUCUACUCGGCUAAUGAAAUACCACAAAAAUUACUAUUAUGUAAGCAAAAAGUGCAUCAGCGUGAUCCUUUCUACAUAUUCGAACAUUUCGACACAUACUACUCCAUAAUUGAGUCAAAUGCCAAUGAUACGGCGGCCAUCCAAAAUCUGAUGCGGGCUUUCGAUCUUCUCUAUCUCACAGUGGAUAAAUUGGGUGAGAAAUUAUCCCCCCUGCUGGCCACGACCGAGCCUCCUUCAGCCCAAGAACGUGGACAGUAUUUGAAUUUAACAAAAAUGACCAUUUACUUAAUGGUGAACACUGUAAAGCGGAUUGAUAAGGUAGUCCAUCAAACACUAAAGGAUCAGCAGAUGAAUCAGCAAAAGAAGCGUGGCAAGCAGCCGGAUACCCUCGAAAAGUAUCCCGAUUGGGAUGUGAGACGGGGCAAGUUUCUCGUGCAAUUGUAUAAUAUACUGCAAUGUCCAUUGGAAAUGCUUUGGAGUCCACCUGUAGCGGAGGAAAGCUUUGUUACAAUGCUCUGCGACAUCUGCUAUCGCACUUUGGAGGUGGUUACUCCACGAGCCGAUAAUCGUCAUGUCAUUGACACGGUGUUUCAAAUCUUUGGAACAGCCAUCAAACGUUACAAUCAUGCCAUGACCUUUCCUGUCCGUAUCCUGCAAAUACUGCGUAGCACUGAACAUGCUUCAGCAGGAGUGGCCAAUGGAAUUCUUCUGCUACACGAGGAAUUUGGCAUUUCCACUGUUUUUGCCAUUCUCGUCAAGAAUAUUGUAGAUGCCCUCAAAUUGGACUCUUCCGAUUCAGCUGUAUCGAAGAACUUCUCCAGUUUCCUAACUGAUUUUGCCAACAUAGCUCCAAAGCUAAUGAUACCACAUCUCUCCAAGUUGGGCGAUGAGUUCCUUGAUUGUGAAUCUCAUAUGCUGCGUAAUUGCGUCCUCCAAAUUAUGGCUGAUGCCGUAUUAGGCGAAUUAACCUCCGAGGAUUUAGAUGACGAGAUGAAGGAGGCGCGCAAUGAGUUUCUUGAUAAUCUGCUGGCCCAUGUCAAUGAUAUAUCGGCUCAUGUAAGGGCUAAGGUAUUGAAUUUAUGGCAUCAUCUGAAGGAACAGCACGCCAUACCACUCAGUUUUCUAGUCAAAGUGCUGACCGAGGCCGUGUGCCGGCUGGAAGAUAAGAGUUCCAUAGUCCGCAAAGCAUCCAUACAGUUAAUUAAGGCAUUUCUCGAAAACAAUCCAUAUUCGGGUAAUCUCACCCUGGAAGAACUGAUCAAGAAGCAUGAAAAGGAAGUGGAAGUUAUGGAGAAAUUGGGCGAAGAAUUGGAUGCGGAACGUCAAGCGAAUGAGAAGCUGAAUAACGAUUUUGAAACGACCAUUGCCCCCUUGUUAUUGCCCAUUAUAGAGGAGAAUCUAAGGGAAUUUCCCACAAUGACAUUCGACAAGGAUGAAGAGUAUGAGGCUUUGGUGGGUAAGAUUUUACCUCUGUUAAGGGAGGAGAACUACAAAGAUGCAUUUGUCCUAGUGCGCAAGGCAGACUUUGUUAACGAUCAGCAGAAUCUUAGCGAAAUACUUCAGCCGGAAGAGCGUUGUGUCUACUUUUUGGCUCUUUGUAAAACGUUUCUUUCAUUGGCAAUAGGACCAAAGGAUAGUACUGAGGAGAUGCAAAAGCAAAUCAAAACGGUGGAAUUCCUAAAGGAUAGCAUUGAUUUUGCGAAUGUGGUAACUCAGGCCAUGCCAAAGAUUCAUGAAAUGUUGCUAUCGAAGACCAAUACGGAUGUCUUUGAGGCAGUUGAUCUCUUUACGACAGGCUAUCAGUUUGCUAUACGUGGCACAGAGACGGGAAUGCAGCGUGCCCUGCAUUUGGUGUGGUCCUCGGAUAAGGAGAAAAAAGAUGCCUGCUCAAAUGCCUAUCGCAAGAUACUUUUUACCACCGAUCUCACAAAUCGACCACAUGCCAUUAAAGUGGUACAAAACCUAUCGAAAUUUCUGGGUGAAGUGGAAUAUGGACAUUAUACGGCAAUGGAGCAACUAAUGGCCGAGUGGGUGGAAUCGGAAGAUAUCGAUGGUUUGAUUAUACAAGUUCUUUUCGAGAGAUUCACCAUGAAGUUGGAGGGCACCACGCCGAAUGAGUCGCGUUUGGCCCUGCAGUUGCUUAUCAUGGCCUCGCAGGCCAAGUCAUCUAUAGUUUCGGCCAAUCGUCAGUUAAUCGAGGACAUUUGCAUUGGCGAACGGGUGAGAAGGGAUCCGCGCAUAUUUAGCGGUUGCCUGCAAUUGCUGGUCAACUCCAUAGAUGCCAAUAAUAAUGCCAAAUUCUACAGACGUCAUGCCACCGAUGCGGAAUUUGUUAAACAAAUAACGAAAUUGUUUUUCAAUUUCUUUUUCUAUUCGAAACUAACCGAUUUCGAUGGUUUGGCCAUGAGUGUCCUGGAGUAUUUCUAUCGCAUGUGCCAGGCACCAGAUGAGUUGGCCCAAAAUAUAAUUGUAGAGCUAAUAAGACGAUUCAAUGCCCAAUGGCUAAUGACAAAGGAUGAUCUCAAGCAAAUAGACACGGAGGAAGACAAUCAGGCAGUGGACGAGCCUCGUUUGACCCAGGUCACAGAUAUACCCUAUUCCCAGACGCUGCCCCCGCAAACCCAAAGUCAGACUCUUAUGCCAGGAGAACCAUCGCAAAUACCUGUCUAUUUGGUUUCACGUUUCAUUUUCUGCAUUGGCUAUAUGACCAUUAAGGAAAUGAUAUUCCUCGACAUGGAUGUCUAUAAUAACUUGAAAUACCGCGAAGAACUCACCGCUUUGGAGGAGAAGAAGAACAAGAAAGAUGCCGUCAAUGCACUGCGGCGACAGACCAUGAAUGUUUCGGCCAUGGAGGUGAGAAAGCGUCUGUCUGGCGUAGCUGCUGAACCACAACAGGAACCGGAUGAUGAUCUGGUGGGGGCUACGGCGGAGGAUAAUAUUGCCGAAGAAAUUCAUGCCAUAUGCGAAGAUAUGCUUUUGUAUGAGCCAAUUGCUCUGCUCUCCCGCCUCUAUCCCAUCAUCAUAGACAUUUGCAAGCGGCCGGGCGAAUAUCGCAAUCAGCAAUUACAACAAGCGGCUACCCUGACGCUGGCCAGGCUUAUGACUGUCUCCUCCAAGUUCUGUGAGACGAACAUGUCAUUCCUAAUGAAUAUUCUCAACUUAACUAAGAAUAUUAAAAUCAAAUGCAAUACCGUGGUGGGUCUAUCGGAUCUCACAUUCCGUUUUCCCAACAUCAUUGAACCCUGGACGGGUCACUUGUACUCCCAGCUGCAUGAGGAGAAUACGGAACUUCGCUUGACUGCGGUUAAAAUGCUUUCCCAUUUGAUUCUCCACGAAAUGAUCCGCGUGAAGGGACAAAUUGCUGAUAUGGCCAUGUGCAUUGUCGAUGAGAACGAUGAGAUUAGGAAUAUUACCAAACAGUUCUUCAAGGAGAUAGCCAACAAGUCGAAUAUUCUAUAUAAUGUUCUGCCCGAUAUUAUCUCCAAAUUGGGUGAUAUUAAUUUGAAUUUGGAAGAGGAUAAAUAUCGCACGAUAAUGCGAUAUAUUCUGGGACUGAUACAAAAGGAUCGUCAAAUUGAAACUCUAGUGGAAAAACUUUGCUUACGCUUCCCCCUUACCCGGGCAGAGCGACAAUGGCGCGAUAUUGCCUUCUGCCUGAGUUUGCUCAGCUACAAUGAUCGUUCCAUCAAGAAACUGAUCGAUAAUGUUCAGCAUUUCCGUGACAAAGUUCAGGUGGAUGAAGUCUAUCAAUCCUUCAAAUUAAUCAUCAGCAAUACCUCGAAAUUGGCUAAGCCAGAACUGAAAGCGGUGGUCACAGAAUUCGAGGCACGUCUCAAUGAGUGUCUCCAAGUCCAAGAUGGUGCCGAACCGGCAACUCAAGCAGAUGAAACGCGUCUAGGAGCAACGAGUAAGCCCAAGCCCAAUCCCAAAGGUAAAAACCAGAGAGGACGAACACCAGCUAAAAAAGCUCCGCAGCGUCGUGGUCGCAAUGCUUUGCCGAAUAGCGAUGAAGAUUCCUCGAAUAGUAGUGAUGAAGCUCCCGCGUCGAGAUCUCGUCGUGCCCCGGCCAAAUCGAAGAAGCAGCAAUUGUCUUCAUCUGACGAGGAGUCCGAAGAUGAACCACAAGCAACUCAAAAUCGUAGCGAACGCAGGAAACGUUGACGAUCUUUUAGUUUUAAAUGUGUCUAUUUAAUUUUUGUAAUGUCUCUUUUAUAUGAAUAAAUUUAGUAUUUAAUU